AUGGAGCAGCAGCAACAACAACAACAAUCACCUAUUGAUGCUCAUACGCCUGGAGCCAGUGCCUCUCCCAUUCGGCAACUCCCAUCACCAGCAUGGUCGCCUUAUCACCAAGAGAUACCUGCAGAAGAAAUCCUUCCCAUGUUGGAUCCCAUAUCGCCGUCAUUGCCACCAUCCACAUCGCCGGAAUACACCUUGUCAAGUGACUCCGUACCACCAUCCAUCAGCAGCUUCGAACAACAGCAAAGACAUCCGCUGAAAAGAGAAAAUGACUUGCAGCACGAUGAUGAUGAUGAUGGAAACACCACUGGAUCCGGAGAAAUUACACCCAAAGGUGCUUAUGCAUCUUCAGCGACUGUGGACAGCUACAGUAUCAGAAGCAGCAGUAUUGACGAGCAAGCGUAUGAUGCCAGCGAUGAGUAUUUGCCCGGUGAAACAAGCGAGGAUAUCACUGAAGAAGAGGUGCAAAGCAUCCACCGUCAAAAACGACCACCCACGCUUUUUACGUAUGAUGAUGAAGACGAUGAUGAUUAUGAAGAUGAUUCAACAACCAUUAUAACAACCACGAAUAGCUAUGUAUCCACCAUCACCUCCACCUAUCAAAGCACCACCGAUAUGGACGUGACAAGCAAUGAUGAAGAGCAGCAGCUGCAACCUUUGGAUGAAGAAGAGCUUGAAUUGUUUGUCAGCGAUUGGUUUGAAGAGAUACUAUGCAUGGAGCUUGAUCCACCGGAAGACCUUUUAUGGUGGUGUGUGGUAUGCGAACGACAAUACGCUCUGCCAGAAGAUGUGGUUCACCAUACUCGAGAACAACAUGGCUUCCAUUUACCUACACCACGCCCUGUGGGUCGUCCACCUAUUGACAUGUACGUUGUAUCCACCCAUAGCACACAAGUGUAA